UUUACAAAAUAACACAUCAGCUUGAGUAAUGUCCAUACUCUCCUUCAAGGGACUGAGCUUGAAAGAUGAAGCCUCUCCUUCACCCAUGGUCUCAGACUCUGAGUCUGACCAAGACUUAGAAUUUGAAGAAAAAAAGAAAACCACUGAAGAGAUGUCAGUAGCUGAGGUGUACAUGGAGGCCUGCAAACUGGUGGGUGUGGUUCCAGUUUCCUGCUUCAUUCGAAACCUUGGGUCCCCAACCGUGACACUCACCUACCAUGGGCUCGGACCUUUAGGUUGCAAAGCACUUUGUAUUGCUUUGGUGUCUGAUGUGCACAUAAGGACUCUUGAGCUUGCCUACAAUAACAUUCAAGCUGAAGGGGUCAAAUGUCUGUUGGAGCUGCUGAGGGCCAAUUUUACCAUCCAGUACCUGGAUUUAUCAAACAAUCACAUAAGAUCGGAAGGAGCUGAGGAUGUAGCUAAAAUGCUGCUGGACAGCAUUUCUCUGAAAUCUAUAAAGCUUUCAGGAAAUAGAUUUAAAGAUGAUGAUGCUAGAUUUUUCACAGAAGCACUGUCAACAAAUUCCAGGAUAAAGGAUCUGGAUUUGAGCCAUAAUGAGUUUAGGGAGAGAGGAGGAGAAUAUUUGGGACAGCUACUGGCAAACAAUGAAGGCUUAGAGGUUCUGGAUCUCAGCUGGAAUCAUCUCAGAAUGAAAGGAGCUGUGGCUUUUUCUGCUGGGCUUAAGGUCAAUACAAUGCUGAAACAUCUUGACUUAUCAUGGAAUGGUUUUGGCAAUGAGGGAGCCUUAGCCGUGGGCGAGGCUCUAAAAUUUAAUAACACUCUGGUGCAUCUUAACCUCAGCAACAACUGCCUUACUAAUGAAGGUGUCAGGAUGCUCUGCAGAGGUCUGGAAUACAACGAAACGCUACGAGAGCUGCUGCUGGCCUAUAACUCUAUAACAGUAGAGGCAGCUCUCGUCCUGGUCAAUGUGGUGAGGAACACACCAAAGACGGCUCUGGAGCAGAUCAACAUUUGUAAUGUUUUGGUAAAUGAGAGCUUUGUGAAUGUUUUGGACCUGACGUGUCAGGAGCAUCCUGGUCUGAAUGUCCAGUAUGGAGGAGUUGGAGGUUUCAUCGCUCAGAAACCACCCAAACCAGUCGAUCCGAUGAAAGUCAUACAGGAUUACCUCGAUAAACGCAAGCUGCGUCUGUGGGAUUUCUUUCGAAAUAUUGACAAAGACGGCACCAUGCGAGUUUCUGUCACAGAUUUCAGGAAGGCAGUUCAGCAAUCAAGCAUUCCAUUGAAUCGAUAUCAGAUUGAGGAGCUAAUUAACAGACUUGACCGGGACAGAACAGGAGUAGUAGAUUACAGGGGGUUGGCAGAUACUAGAAAACAGAUGAUGAGAGAUCAUCGCCGUCAGCUGAAGAAAGUGGAAUCCCGUCAGAAGAAAGAGAAGCAGAAGAGUGACCGCAUACUGAAGACCUUCCAGACCGCAGUGGAAGCCGUCACGCCUCGUAGCUCCAUGAUCAUCUCCCCAGGAGGUGCCAAAGAAGACUCAGGUGGCCCGCAGCCCUUUUCUGCUACCCCUCUCAGUUCCUGGCACCACAUUCUAAUGUCAAACAGCAGUCGCUAUUCUGUCACCAACAUGAGCAGCGACCAUGCCCAUCUGCCAAUGUUAGGAGGUACCUCCCCUUACCGUCCAACCAGUUCUCCGGCGAUGCGGUCCUACUCUCAACCCAACUUGCUGGCUGAUUCCUCCCACUCUCCAACAAGCAAAUCCGUCUCUGCUCAGGGCAUUCGCUCUGAUCUAGAGAUGGAGCCCAGUAAGCUAAGUCCUACUGGCAACAGCCUGACCAGGUCCAGGCCGGCUCUUAAUGCAGAGCAGCCAAAGGGUAAAGUCAAAGCUAAGAAGUUAAAGAAACAGAAAUUGAAGAAGCACAGUGAUAAAGACACAAAGAAACCUAUGAAGAGCAUCAACUAAUGUGUGUUCAACAAUAAAAAAAUAUA